AUGGCUGCCCCAGAAGUCCACCAGCUGUUCCACCACCCGAUCGCAGAUCAUUCCUUCUCCGCCGACAAGCAAACACUUGCUGUAGCACGAGACACCAGCGUUGAACUGUAUGGACGUACAGGUGCUGGUUUCAAGCUGAAAGAUGAGUUGAAGGGUCACGAUAAGACUGUGACCAGCGUGGAUAUUGCGUUAGACAGUGGCAGGAUCGUCACUUGCUCGCAAGACCGAAAUGCCUUAGUCUGGGAGCCCUCACCAACUGGCUACAAGCCCACCCUCGUUCUUCUCCGCAUCAACCGUGCUGCUACAUUCGUUCGGUGGUCUCCCUCCGAAACCAAGUUUGCCGUGGGAUCCGGUGCAAGAGUUAUCGCCAUAUGCUACUUCGAAGAGGAGAACGAUUGGUGGGUAUCCAAGCAUAUCAAGAAGCCUAUCCGCAGCACUAUCACAACCGUGGCAUGGCAUCCAAACUCUGUGCUCCUGGCAGCUGGGUCAACUGAUGCUCACGCAAGAGUAUUCUCCAGCUUUAUCAAGGGCGUGGAUGCCAGACCAGAGCCAGGAGUUUGGGGUGAAAGACUGCCAUUCAAUACUGUUUGCGGAGAAUACCUGAAUAACUCUGCUGGAUGGGUUCAUGCUGUCUCAUUUUCGCCUAGUGGAAAUGCUCUUGCUUUCGCGGCCCACGAUAGCAGCAUCACUGUUGUCUACCCGAACGGUGCAGAUCAGCCUCCUAGAGCAGUCGUGAGCGUAAGCACACAACUUCUGCCUUUCAUGAGUCUCAUCUGGAACGGCGAGAGCGAGAUCAUCGCUGCAGGUUACGACUGUGAGGCCUACCGCCUCAAGGGUAACGAGGGUGGUUGGCAAUUAACCGGGUCCUUGGAAUCGAAGGGAAGACCGGGACUUGGUGAUACGCGGGAGGAAUCAGCUUUCAACAUGUUCAAGCAAAUGGACUUGAAAGGAAAGACUACAGAUGAUACUAAGUUGAAGACGGUUCAUCAGAAUACGAUCAGCACCAUCCGUGUCUAUGAAGAAUCCGGUGGCGCUGUUCGGAAGUUCAGCACGAGUGGUGUUGAUGGAAGAAUAGUAAUCUGGAACGCUUAG